GCAGGCGACGAGAAAAUUUGGAAAUCACCACUCAGCAGACUGUGUUGAACUUUGAAUGAAUCAUUCUGUUAAUUUGAGAUACGAACGAAACGAAAUUUACAACUACGAUUUUAAACUAGAUAGUAAUUAUAAAUCGGAUAACUCCAUUUUUAUUUGCGUUGUUGAAGCUAGCAAAGCAGCAUGGCUGCUUCGCCCGAAGUCCGUUUAAAGCGUUUCCUGCACUACGGCAGUGAGCUUCCUGUCUACAACGCGUCUCGCGGACUGCUCACCUUCACCGACAAGUCGUGUCCCUCAAUUCCCACACUCAUAGAAGCCGGCAAGGAUAAGGAAGUCGGUCUGCAAAUUGUUAAGGCACACAGCGAUGGGUACGCAGUACGCAGGGAGGCCCUGCUAUACGCAAUGGCCAUCUGUGCCCUCAACAAGAAGUCAGACACCCUCAGGGAAAUGAUCUACAAUGGCGUCAAAACGGUCUGCGCCAAAGCCGAGGAUUUGUUCCUGUUUUUCGUCUAUCUGCAAGAGCUCAACAAUAACAAACUCAAUUCGGGUAAGGGUUUGAGAAGAUUGAUAUCCGAUUGGUAUUUGAAGAGAGACGUGAUGGAGUUCGCUGAGAUAGUUUCGAAAAAACGAGGCUACUUUCACUGGUCACAUGUCGAUCUAAUGAAGAUAGCACAUAUCAAGACGGAUGACCCUGCGAAACAAGUGGUGAUAGCGUACGCAUUUAAGAACGGCAACAACAUAAAAGAACUGAAGGAGAAGUAUAAGGGCGUGAAAGAGGCGGCGCCGGUGCUGCAGUACCUGAAGGUGGCGUCCGAGGUGCGCUACUCGAAGGACCCCAAGACGGUGUCACGUGCCAUUGAGGCCAACUCGCUGUCACUGGGGCAUCUGCCGCAGCACACCAAGGAGAUAUUGUACUCUGAGGAGGUGUGGUGUUCGCUUCUGACGGGCAUGCCCCUGGAAGAGAUGCUGGACAACCUGCAGUACGUGUCGCGUCACCAAAUGUUGCGCGCCGUGCCGCGCGGCCAGAGCAAACUGCUGACUCGGCGCUACUGCGACGCGCUCGGCAACACUAAGACGCUUGCCGAGUCCAACGUACAUCCUGCGCGCAUACUAAUCGAACGCUCAACCUACCAGCUCAUUGCCAAAGAAAAGAUUGGUCUUGCUGCAAAACUCAAGCAUUCAGCUGUGGUUCGGAAGCCACCUCCUCCAAAUGAGGAAAUCAUCGAAGAGCUCGGUAAACUCAUGGACUCUGCAUUCAAGUUGCUGGUGCCGACCGGUCAACGUUACGUGGUGGGAUUGGAUGCAAGAAUACUUAUGUUUGCGAGACGAUGCUGGAAAAAUCGCUACGUGAACUGCGCUGAUGCUGCAGCCUUGCUGGCAUUGAGUCUUGUGCGUUGCGAGCGGGAGGUGACGGUAGGCCUGUACGGUGGAUCACAAGCGCCUUUCAAGCCUGUGCAGUUGGGCACAAAUGAGUCACUCGAUUCGUUGCUUGCUAAGAUGAAAGCAUACCAGACCGACGAUGCAUCCAUUCUUGCAGCGAUGUUAGCGGGCGGGGCGGCUGCGGCAGGGGCGGAGACGGGCGGCGCCAAAGUGCCGCUGGCGUCGCAGAUGCUGGAGUGGGCUGAGACGGAAGGGGUAGUGGCCGAUGUGUUUGUGGCCAUAGGUGAGAGCCAGCUCACCACCGUCAACCUCAACUGCCAGAUCAACAAGUACCGCAACGCGGUCAACGCACCCAAUGCUAAACUGGUUCACGUGCAUCUGAACGGCCCCGCUAAGGUAGCAGACAAAUCGAGGGGCAAUGGACUGUUGGCCAUACAUGGAUUUGACAAGAACGUACCGAGAGUGAUCGAGGCAUUCGCUCGAGGCGCCUUCUAAGGGCUCGAGCCACACACUUUAGUCGAGCCUCAUCAAAGUCUAUCGCAGUUAUAAGUGAAGUUCGGAGUUUACAGUAAGUGAGAAGUUCAUAUUUGUGGCUAAAACAUUCAAGGUUGUUGGCUUGAGCUAAUUCUUGAGUCAAAAAGUAAAGUCAACACAGUCUAUCAAAGUAAAGUUAAUUAUUUCAAAGUCCAUCACAGUUAUAAGUGAAGUUUACCAUUUCGGAGUUUACAGUAAGAGUGAAAUUCAUAUUUGUGGCUAGAGCAAUCUAUACAAACGGUUGAUUUGAGCAAAUUCUUGAGUCAAAAUUUGAAGUUAACACAGUCUGUCAAAGUUUGCUGAAUUCAGCGUUAAAAAUAAGUGAGAAGUUCAUAUAUGUGUAGCCAACAAAACAAUCUAUAUUUAAGGUUGUUGAAUUGAGUUAAAAGGUCAAGUUAACAAAUUUCAUCAAAGUUCAGUAUGAGGUUUCCCGAGUUUAGCGGUGAAAGUAAGUAGGAAGUUUAUUAUUUUUAUUAAGCAUUUUAUAUUCAAGUUUGACUUGAGUUAAUUAUUGAGUUAAAAGGUCAAUUUAACAAAUUUUAUCAAAGUUCUAUAUGAAGAUUCCAGAGUUGAACUGUGGAAGAAAGUGGAAAGUGGAAGUUCAUUAUUUGUGGCAAACAAUCUAUAUUCAUUGUUUACUUGAGUUAUUUUUGUAGUUAAAACGUGAUGUUAACAAAUUUUAUCAAAGUUCAUAAGGAAAUUCCCCGAGUUUAACUGUGAAAGAAAGUGUGAAGCACAUUUGUAGCUAUUGGAAAAUCUGGUUCCAAAGUAGAAUUGAGUGUAAACUUCGGGCAAGGAAAACUUAAUCAUUGAUUUUAGAUAAUCACACAAAUUAUAUCAAAGUAGAAUUUAUGAAGUUAAACUUGAAGACCAGAAGUUUAAAAGGUUUGAAGUUCACAAAAAUUAACGUUCAACAAAUAUUGUAUAUUAAAGCUCGAAUGAAGUUAUAGUCUUUUAAGAACUUGUAAAAAAAGAGUUUUUAUUGAAGCUCUGAGCAUACUUGUGAAAUUCACCAAGUUGAAAAUAACCUCUAUCAGAGUAGAUUAAGCUGUUGAAUUUAUUGAAAACUAAUUCAUAUUUUCAAUCUUAAAACCCCAAGUUUUUUUAUCAUUGUUGAUGAUUUUCUUUUAACUGAGUUGAUUUCUGAUCAAGUAUUUAUAUAUUUAUUUAUUCAACACAUGAAUUACUUUACUAAAUUUUUAUCAAUUUUGAUGAUUUUCUUUUAACUGAGUUGAUCUCUGAUCAAGUAUUUAUUUAUUUAUUCAACACAUAAAUUACUUUACUGAAUUUUUAUCAAUUUUAAUGAUUUUCUUUUAACUGAUAUUUUCAACUGAGUUGAUUUCUGAUGAAGUAUUCAUUUAUUUAUU